UGGAUUAACAUUCGAUCCAUCUACAGAUGUAGAACGUCAAUUAAUAAUAGACCUCAUAUGUACAGCUGCACAAACAUUCUGUAAUGGAACAUUACAACAAUAUUCAAGUGUCGAUGAUUGUACACAAUAUUUAAUGACCAAGGUACCGUAUGGUUCAUAUGAUAGAGGAGACCAAGGAACUGUUGCUUGCCGCGCUAUUCAUGCAUAUUUUGUUCCUCUAUUACCAUCUGUACAUUGUCCACAUGUUGGUCCAACUGGAGGAGGAGCAUGUACCGAUAAAACAAUUGACUUUUAUUAUAAUCAACCAAACUUUCUUGGUUGUGCUUGUGAACAAGAAUAA